AGAAUAAAACUGGGAGGCUUUUAGGACCCUGCAUGGCAAAGGCUCGCAGGAAGCCCUGAAACUUCCCAGCAUUUUUCAGAGCCUGAUGCUUAUUCAUUCAGAGCAGGAGCAAGGCUGUCCCAGGGAAUGGGGGCGAGCAAAGCAGCGAUGUGAAAGAAGCGAGAACGAGAAACUGUCCCGAGGAAAACAUUCGAGGUGCUUUGGGGUGCUUAAAAAAGGCUCCUUCCUUGCUCAUCCUUCUCAAGUCGGACAUGAAGCUUGCUGAGGACGCCCGGAGCAGCUUGAAAGAAGCCAGGAAUGGGCAGAGCUGAGCCUUGCUCACCUAAGGAAGAAGGGAAGGACGCACCGAGAGGGGGAGCACAGCCGGCCGCCGGAGAACCUCCGGGCUGCCCGCCUGCCGUUCCCCGCACCAGGCGCCUUCUGCUGGGGCCGAGCCCCUUGAUCUCGAGCCCACCAUGACACCGUGCGGGCCCUGCACUCUGUGGGCUUUGCUGCUCCUCAGCGCUCUCCUGCCGGUCCACGGGCAGUACCCCCAGGGCAGCGACGCGGAGGGUGGGCGCUGGAGGCAGAUGAUCCAGUGGGAGAACAACGGCAGGCUGUACAGCCUCCUGAACUCGGGCUCGGAGUACGUGCCGGCCGCCCCGGUGAGGGCGGACAGCGCCAGGGUCAUGCUGGCCGACGCCGCCCCGGGCCAGGGCAGGAGGGUCCCGGGGAACAUGCGGCGGCAGGCGCCCACCUUGCCGGCCAGGGCGGGCUCCGACACCAUCCGCGGGCAGACCCGGCACCCCUUCGGCUUCGGCCAGGUCCCGGACAACUGGAGGGACGGCGCCACCGGCCACGGGAGCGCCACCGCCGCGCGGUCUCGGACGCCCACGGCCCGGCAGCGGCAGCUCGGCGCGGCGUCGGCCGCCUCCUCCUCCUUCUCGCAUGCUUCCUUUGGGCAGCUCUACCCCCCGGCCUCUUACCCGCAGCCCCCGUUUGCCAACCAGUACGAGACCUACGACCCGCAGGUGCCCCGCGCCUACGACGAGAGCUACACCUACUACCGCACGGCCGGGGCCGGCGGGGGCGCAGUGGCGGCCGCCGCAGCCAGCGCGGGAGUCGUCUACCCUUUCCAGCCCAGGGUGAGGUACGAAGAGUACACCGAGGAGCAGAGCCCGCACCGGGCACAGGGGUACUACCCCGCCCAGGAGACCCCCUACCUGCCUGCCUCCCCACAGUUCCCGCCCGCAGACGGCCUGGACCGCAGGUACUCCCACAGCCUCUACCAUGACACUGGAACGAACUACGACCCCAGCGUCCAGGACCCCUACGCGUCCAGCCAGAGCCAGCAGCCCAUGGGCCAGGGGGUCCCCAUGGCAGACAACCUGCACCUCAGCCCAGGGACUCCUGUGGCCGCCGGCACCGGGUACGGGAACGAGCCGUGGGCCGGGCAGCACCCUCCGUUCCAGGACCUUCCGGCCGAGCCCUACCUGCCUCCUCGCAGCGUGGAGCCGCAGCCGCCUUUCCGGCCCUUAGACCCCCAUGGGGUCCCCCGGCCCGAGCCUUACCUGCCCAUCCGGAACGCCGAGCCCGCCCAGCUCAUUCCAGAAAGCCAAGGCGCCAACCAAGCCCGGGUGAGCGUGGGCAGCAUCUACAGACCCCAUGAGAACGGGGGGGGCCUCCCGGACCUCGUGCCUGAUCCAAACUACGUCCAGGCUUCCACGUACGUCCAAAGGGCUCACCUCUACUCCCUCCGUUGCGCCGCAGAGGAAAAGUGUCUCGCAAGCACUGCCUACACCGCCGAAGCCACAGACUACGACGUGCGGGUCCUGCUGCGCUUCCCGCAGCGGGUGAAGAACCAGGGCACGGCCGACUUCCUGCCCAACCGGGCUCGCCACACCUGGGAGUGGCACAGCUGCCACCAGCAUUACCACAGCAUGGACGAAUUCAGCCACUACGACCUGCUCGACGCGGCCACGGGCAAGAAGGUGGCAGAGGGACACAAGGCGAGCUUCUGCCUGGAGGACACCACCUGCGACUUCGGGAACCUGAAGCGCUACGCCUGCACGUCGCACACACAGGGGCUCAGUCCUGGAUGCUACGACACAUACAACGCUGACAUCGAUUGCCAGUGGAUCGAUAUCACAGAUGUGCAGCCCGGGAACUAUAUCUUAAAGGUCCAGGUGAACCCCAAGUAUAUCGUGAUGGAGUCUGACUUCACCAACAACGUAGUGAGAUGCAACGUCCAUUACACUGGGCGCUAUGUCGCCACGACGAACUGCAAAAUCUCCCAGUCCUGAUCCCCACCCGGUUGGUAGAAGCCUCCCCAUUUCUUUUAUCCUGACCCCCUCCCCCCACCCCCCAUCCAAAUGUCUCUCAGACUGGUAGCAUGUGAAGAGGAAGAGGUGUGCAAGCAUCCGGCAACCCACAUGAGACCGGGAAAACAUUCCAUGGCUUUGUUUGGGGAACACAAGUUAAAUGAGCGUUGCCACUUUAAAUACUUUUAUAAAUACUUUGUUUUUCA